AUGAAUGAUUUUAUGGAGCAAGAACUAGUACGUCUAAGAAUAGAACUUCAACAUUUUGAGCUUGACAUUCCAAAGCAUCCUGAAUUGCAAGAAUUAUCUGGUAUUUAUGGGUUAUGUCAAGGCUUGGUGAAGACAAGAAAAUCAGUGAUGUAUCCUCUUAUUGACAGAUUGAUUAGACUUGUUCUUACUCUUCCUGUAUCAACUGCAACUACAGAGCGGGUUGCAAGUGUUGUUCAAGAAAAUGCUCCAUCCAAUGCCUCCUAUACAUCUCCUGAAAUUCAAAAGGAGAUUCUUUAUAUAUUUUCCAAUAAGGUUAGAAAAGAAAUUUGCCAAGAGAUUGGAAAUUCAAAAUUUUGCAUUAUAGUUGAUGAAGCUCGUGAUGAGUCCAAAAGAGAGCAAAUGGCUCUUGUUUUGAGAUAUGUAGAUAAGGAAGGAUGCAUUUGUGAACGAUUUUUUGGUGUUAUUCAUGUCCGUGAUACUAUGGCUUUAACUUUGAAGGAAGCUAUUUUUUCUACUCUCUCUCAACAUAAUUUGGCCAUUCAUAACAUCCGUGGACAAGGGUAUGAUGGAGCUAGUAAUAUGAGAGGUGAAUGGAAUGGCUUGCAAGCUUUAAUUUGCCAUGAAUGUCCAUAUGCCUAUUACAUUCAUUGUUUGGCCCAUAGGCUUCAACUUGCUUUAGUUGCGGCUUCUAGAGAAGUAGCUUCUGUUCACCAAUUCUUCUCCAAUUUAGUUUUUAUUAUCAACAUUGUUACUGCAUCUAGCAAACGUAAUGAUGAAUUAAAGGAGGCUCAGGCAAUUGAAAUUGCUACUAAGAUUGCUAAUGGUGAACUUGAAACUGGAUGGGGGUUUAAUCAAAUUGGCAUUUUAAAACAAGCUGGAGAUAAUCGUUGGGGAUCUCAUUUGGAUUCUAUUUCUAGUUUACUGAAAAUGUUCAAUGCUACUUGUGUGGUUUUAAGUAACAUUGCAGCAGAUGGAGGUUCAUACUCUCAACGUGGAGAUGCUAAUUUUGCUUUGAAUCAGUUGUUAUCCUUUGGGCUUGUUUUCACAUUGCAUCUUAUGAAAGACAUUAUGGAAAUCACUCAUCAUCUUUGUAUGGCAUUGCAACGUAAAUCUCAAGAUAUUUUGAAUGCAAUGCAUCUUGUCUCAAGCACAACAAAGGUACUGAAGAAUUUUCGAGAUUCGGGAUGGGAUGAUUUCUUGGUGAAAGUUAAAUUAUUUUGUGAGCAACAUCAAAUUGAUAUCCCGGAUAUGAAUGCUCAAUAUAUUGCAAGACGUGGUAAAUCUCGUAGUCAUCAUGAUGAGAUUAGUGUGGUGCAUUAUUAUCGAGUGGAUAUAUUUCUUGCAACAAUUGAUUAUCAAUUGCAAGAGUUACAUAGCAGGUUUAAUGAUCAUACCAUGGGAUUGCUUGUUUUGAGCACUGUUUUAGAUCCUAGAAAUAGAUUUAUGCUGUUCAAGAUUGAUGAUAUUUGUAAACUUGCAAAGAAGUUCUAUCCGAAUGAAUGA